AUGGAAGACAGUGAAAUGCAGAUCGUCGAUGUGAGACUUUCCCGAGAAGACUACAUCAAACAACAGAUUGAUUACCAGGCAGAACGGGGGAUAGAUGACCCACUGGCUAUCGUUGAUAUUGACGAGGUAGUGGAAAGGUACAGAAAAUGGCACAAGCUGCUACCAAGGGUGGAACUGUUCUAUGCACUGAAGUGCAACGAUGAUGACAAGAUCGUUGAUGUUCUUGUAAGGCUUGGAAGUAGCUUUGACUGUGCGAGCAAGGAUGAGAUACAGCAGGUGUUAGAUUUAGGAGUUGAUCCGUCUCGUAUCAUCUUCGCCAAUCCAUUCAAACAAAACUCGCAUCUUUCCUACGCCAAAGAGCACAAUGUUGACCUGAUGACCUUUGAUAGUGAGGAGGAAUUGAUCAAAAUCAAGAUGAUGUAUGGAUCAGCAAGGUUGAUUUUGCGAUUUAAACCAAAACAGAUGUAUGAAGCCAUGUAUGAUUUAUCGAAGAAAUUUGGGUGUGUCUUGGAAGAGGCAAGGAGGUUGUUUUUAUUGGCAAAGAAUAAAGGUUUGGACGUCAUUGGUGUGAGUUUCCAUGUUGGAAGCAACUGUCUCAGUGCCGAUGCGUUUUCGACGUCUAUCAAAGAAGCACGGGAGAUAUUUGAUAUAGGAAUUCAGUUAGGCUUUUCUAUGGAGAUUCUUGACAUCGGAGGAGGCUACAGAGGUAGAGAUGUUGACCGGCCGACUAUAGAAGAGAAUGCGGACAUUAUCAAUCACUCUCUGGACAAGUAUUUCCCGACCACAGACGGAGUGAAAAUCAUCGCUGAACCAGGACGCUACCUUGUAGAAUCGGCUGUCAGUGCAGCAGCAAAAAUCAUUGGAAGAAAGCUUGUGUAUGACAAUGACGAACACAGCAUAGAAAACGUGAUGUACUAUAUCAACGAUGGACUAUAUGGGUCUUUUUCUUGGGCAAGAGAAGUCACAGAGACCUUUAUAGCAUCAACGGUCAAUCACAAUGCCAAUGCAGAAAAGUACAGCAGCAUUGUAUGGGGACCAACAUGCGACUCGUUGGAUUACCUAACAACAGAUGUUUCCCUGCCACUAAUGGAGGUCGGAGAGUGGAUGUAUAUCAAAUACACAGGAGCCUACGCUUUCUGCCUCUCAACCAACUUCAAUAAAAUGCCACGUCCAAAACUGUAUUACUUUUGUUCAAGUUGCACAUGGAAUUUGAUUGCGGACUUUACCAGAGCUGAUUCUAGUGAUGACGAUUGUGCAAAGUUGUAA